CAUAGAGAGCUGGAAAGAGACAUUUAACCUCGUCAAUCACCACUACACCCAGGAGUUCCAGAAUUCAAAACAGUUGUGUUCUGCUCUUCGUAUUUACACAAACACGGUUCUCUUGUCGGUGCAGGUUUUGCUUAGAGUACACACAAGAAAGCAGAGAAGAAGCAACAAGCAACAGCAACAACAACACACAAAUAGAUGGCUUCAAGUGUUAUAGUACAGCCUUGGAUUACAUCAGAUAUGGGGCAGGCCAGAGAUUCGAGCCCAAGGUCUAAACACGAGUCUCCAAAAGAGGCCAAUGAACGCCAUUCUCUAGCAUUGUCUUGCAUACAGGUGUUUACAAAGAUCUGGAGUUUCCACUCGAAGUUGAUCAAGGAGGUUCUUAUACCUUCGAAGAGAGGCGGGUUCUUCCACUUGCCCAUGUCUAAAUCUUCAUCACAGCUGGAUGCUGAUUUAUCAACCGAGUCUGGGUCCUCUUCGAGAAAGGCAUCGACGGGAUCUGACACACAACCUUGUAUCCAACAACAAGGACAGCGGCAACUACCGCAACAGCAAACAGACCAGCUGGCAUCUAAGAAGCAACAGCGAAAGUCACUACAGACAAAACAUGUUAAAGUGGUGACCCGCCAGGAUAUACUUAACGGUGUUUACAAAGUUCCAGGUGCUGAAUCCUCCCCAACUUCGCCAAAGUUGGGCGCUGCCACGAUGGCGCGUUCCUCCUCUAAGAAGUCGAGACAUUCACAGCAGUUUCAAAGACCUCGUCGCUCAAUGAGCUCUCGCUCGUACAUCUCUACGAUGUCAUCCACGUCCCUUCCUGAAUCUACAAAGGCAAGACCUCAGCCACCGGUUAACAGGGGAAGCGUCUUGAGUAGCGACGGUUCGAUACUUGUCACGAUGAAUAGAACCAAGACCAGAGAUAGCCAGCUAUCGACAGUUACAUCAAGGGCUUAACAUCAUCCGCUAUGGAGGCUAAUUCGGAAAUUUUACACAGAGCCGGUACGUGUUGAUUGAGCUAUUUUACACGUACCGGGUGCACUCAUCAAGCCGAGCACAAUCGCAUUUUCAUCCUCAAACCCCUUUUCUCACCAAGGGAAGCCUAUUUGGAGACGUAUAUUCAUUUGCAAAUACUUUUUAAUGACACGUUAUGACCUUUACAUCUAUCAGUUAUAACCCUUUGUAAGCCCUAACUGCGUGUUUGCAACAAGUGUGCACUGCUCCAAGAGCA